CAAAAGACAUUGAUGAAGAUAUUUUCUCUGGAGUCUCCUUCCUCUCUAACCCGUCUCUCCCGAUGUGAACCGAGCGACUCACAAGCCACCGAAGCCACCAACCCACCAUGUCGCGCCGCAAGCAAGGCAAACCCCAGCACUUAAGCAAACGGGAAUUUUCACCCGAACCUCUUGAAGCCAUUCUCACUGAUGACGAACCUGAACAUGGCACAUUGGGAGCUCCGGAAGGGGACCACGACCUCCUCACUUGUGGCCAGUGUCAGAUGAACUUUCCGUUGGGGGACAUUCUUAUUUUUAUUGAGCACAAACGGAAACAAUGCAAUGGCAGUCUCUGCCUAGAGAAGGCUGUGGAUAAGCCACCUUCACCCUCACCAAGUGAGCUGAAAAAAGCAUCCAAUCCCGUGGAGGUUGGCAUCCAGGUUACACCAGAGGAUGACGAUUGUUUAUCAACGUCAUCUAGAGGAAUUUGCCCUAAACAGGAACAUAUAGCAGGUAAAGAUGAGCCCAGCAGCUACACGUGUACGACUUGUAAACAGCCUUUCAACAGCGCCUGGUUCCUCUUGCAGCACGCACAGAACACACACGGCUUACGGAUCUACCUAGAAAGCGAGCACGGCAGCCCCCUGACGCCACGGGUUGGUAUCCCAACAGGACUAGGUGCAGAGUGCCCUUCCCAGCCACCUCUCCAUGGGAUUCACAUUGCAGACAAUAACCCUUUUAACCUGCUCAGAAUACCCGGCUCGGUCUCGAGGGAGGCAUCGGGGCUGGGAGAAGGGCGUUUCCCACCCACGCCGCCCCUCUUUAGCCCUCCCCCGAGGCACCAUUUGGAUCCGCAUCGCAUUGAGCGCCUGGGUGCGGAAGAAAUGGCUCUGGCCACCCAUCACCCUAGUGCCUUUGACAGGGUGCUGCGACUGAACCCCAUGGCGAUGGAGCCCCCCGCUAUGGAUUUCUCCCGGAGGCUGCGGGAGCUGGCCGGCAACACCUCCAGCCCACCCUUAUCCCCAAGCCGGCCCAGCCCUAUGCAAAGGUUGCUGCAGCCCUUCCAGCCUGGCAGCAAGCCCCCAUUCUUGGCCACGCCACCCCUCCCUCCUCUGCAAUCUGCUCCUCCUCCCUCCCAGCCCCCCAUGAAGUCCAAGUCCUGCGAGUUCUGUGGGAAGACCUUCAAGUUUCAGAGCAACCUGGUGGUCCACCGCCGGAGCCACACGGGGGAGAAGCCCUACAAGUGCAACCUCUGCGACCACGCCUGUACACAGGCCAGCAAGCUGAAGCGCCACAUGAAGACCCACAUGCACAAGUCCUCCCCCAUGACAGUGAAGUCAGACGAUGGGCUCUCCACCGCCAGCUCCCCUGAGCCGGGCACCAGCGACCUGGUGGGCAGCGCCAGCAGCGCCCUCAAGUCCGUGGUGGCCAAGUUCAAGAGCGAGAAUGACCCCAACAUGAUCCCUGAGAAUGGGGAUGAGGAAGAGGAGGAGGAGGAGGAGGAAGAGGAGGAGGAGGAGGAGGAAGAGGAGGAGGACUUGAACGAGAGCGACAGGCCGGACUAUGGCUUCGGGAUGAGCCUUGAGGCGGCCCGUCACCACGAGAACAACUCGCGGGCUGGCGAGGAGGGCCGGGCGAUGCCAGAUGUCAUGCAGGGCAUGGUCUUGAGCUCCAUGCAGCACUUCAGUGAGGCCUUCCACCAGGUCCUGGGGGAAAAACACAAGCGGGGCCACCUCCCCGAGCCCGAGGUGCACAGGGACACUUGCGACGAAGACUCAGUGGCCGGUGAGUCCGACCGUAUCGACGAGGGGGCCGUCAACGGCCGGGGCUGCUCCCCGGGGGAGUCUGCCUCAGGAGGCCUGUCCAAAAAGCUGCUGCUGGGUAGCCCCAGCUCCCUGAGCCCCUUCUCCAAACGCAUCAAGCUGGAGAAGGAGUUCGACCUGCCGGCCGCCGCCAUGCCCAACACCGAGAACGUUUACUCCCAGUGGCUGGCGGGCUAUGCCGCCUCCCGGCAGCUGAAGGACCCCUUCCUCAGCUUCGGCGACUCCCGACAAUCGCCCUUUGCCUCCUCCUCUGAGCACUCCUCGGAGAACGGCAGCCUGCGCUUCUCCACGCCGCCGGGCGAGCUGGACGGAGGGAUCUCAGGCCGCAGCGGCACGGGAAGCGGAGGGAGCACCCCCCAUAUUAGUGGCCCGGGCCCUGGCAGGCCCAGCUCAAAAGAGGGCAGACGCAGCGACACUUCUCGUCGCCACCUCAGCCGCGCUGGGAGCUACCACAUGCCCUUCACAACACCGGCCACCUAGGAAUGAAGAGGGAAGAGGAAACUAAGGAAGAGAAAGAAGUGACCCGCUCAGUCCUAGUUAAUCAUCAUUCUCCUCUACCUUUUAUUGUUAUUAUUAAUUAUUAUUACUAUUAUUUUUAAAAAACUGAUCAUACCAGUCUAAAAACCUGCUUGGCUCGUGGAGAGAGCUUAAAACGAGAUGUAGAACCUUCCUCCCACCCACCCUGCCCCAGACUUUUAUUCCCCCUCCCCAUCAAUGAUUAAAUAGAAUGUGAAACACACAGAGGCCCUUCAACACCAUUAAACACACAAUAAAGGAAAUCCGUUUUAUGAAGAUAUUUACUUGUAAUAAUAUCUUUUAUUGAUUCUGGCACCAAAACAAAUAAAUCCAGCCACUUGGUUGUCAAGCUGACAAUCAAAUUAUAAACUUUAAGACCUCGUGUAUACCGUAUAAAAAAAUAAAAUAAAGACUGGCAAUAAUAUUUUACCGAGUGUAACAGAUAGAGGAGCAAAAUAAUAAAUAAAUUGUGAUUUAUUAGCACAGUGUGGUACUGUUUGCCAUUUAAAACUAGAACAGGUGUAUAAGCUAAUAUCAACACAGUGGUGAUUAACUAUGAACUCUUUUAAGACUUGCCUUUAAUGUGAUGCUUUGGAAGAAGUAACAGGAAAUUAAAAAAAAAAAGAAAAAGGAAGAAAAAAGGCAAAAGAGUAGCAGUAUCUGUUUGUGCUCCCUAAAAGUUGUCCUUAAUUUUUUUUUCUCCCAUCCUCUGUGUGCUAUUUGUGUUGACGUGGAAGAGGAUUCCUUGUUUUAUUCCUAAGCUAGCACCUGCCCUGAUGGUGUUCAAAUAGCACUUGACUCUGCCUGUGAUGUCUGUAUCUUUUCUUUAAUCAAAGGUACAGAGGUUGAGUAUAAAAUAAGACUGCUCAGAUAGGACAAUUAAGUGCACUGUACAAUUUUCCCAGUUUACAGGUCUAUACUUUAAGGGAAAAGUUGCAAGAAAGCUGAAAAGAAAAAAAAAAUGAAAAAAAGAAAAUUCAACACACAUUGAUGAGCAUAAAAAAAAAAAAAAACAACCCACAAACCCACAAAACCCCACAAACUUUGCCAGCCAUAUACUUGACUAAUGAGCUUAUCUUCUCGGACGCGACAUUACAGCGCUGUGAAUGGAAACAGACUCUCCACUCACAUAAAAUGAAUGAUUGCUUUCACUCCUACAGUGCAAGGAUUUUUUUUUUUUUUUGUACAAAAAAAAGGAUUUUAAAAAAACAAACGCCACAAAACCUUUUUUUAAAUAUAAAUGUUAAGAAAAAUUUUUUAAGGAAGAAAAAGAAAAAAAACCACAACACUUCAUUAUGUUUAGGGGGAAACUGUAUUUUAGGGUUCAUUGUCUUGGUGGUGUACAAGACUCGUUACUCAUUUUAAAAUGAUAGUGGAAAUUCUAUGCCUUGGAUAUACACAGCUCUUCAGGUUGUAUAAAAACAUGCAUUGGGGAAAGGUUUUAAGAUUAUAUAAUACUUAAAUAUAGGAAAAUGCACACUCAUGUUGAUUCCUAUGCUAAAACACAUUUAUGGUCUCUUUUUUCUGUAUUUCUAGAAUGGUAUUUGAAUUAAAUGUUCAUCUAGUGUAGGCACUAUAGUAUUUAUAUUGAAGCUUGUAUUUUUAACUGUUGCUUGUUCUCUCAAAAGGUAUCGAUGUACCUUUUUUGGUAGUGGAAAAAAAAAACCACAGGCUGCCACAGUAUAUUUUUUUAAUUUGGCAGGAUAAUAUAGUGCAAAUUAUUUGUAUGUUUCAAAAAAAAAGAAAAAAGACAAAAAGACAAAAAAGGUGUGACAUUGUACGGAUCCGAGGCCAUAUAAUGGCCCUUUGGGGGAAGCCUGUUCUGAUGUCACACUGCUGGCCGUCACAGAGGGGUGUACAUAUCUUUUUUCGUUCUUUUUUCCUGCUGCCAUACUGUAUGCAGUACUGCAAGCUAAUAACGUUGGUUUGUUAUGUAGUGUGCUUUAUGUCCCUUUCCUUCUAUCACCCGACAUUCCAGCAUCUUAACUUCAUAUGCAGUAAAAGAAAGAAAAGAAAAGAAAAGAAAAGAAAAGAAAAGAAAAGAAAAGAAAAGAAAAGAAAAGAAAAGAAAAGAAAAAAAAGCUAAAAAAAAAAAGAAAAAAAAAAGAAAAGAAAAAACCGUUUUGCAGUUUUUUUCAUUGCCAAAAACUAAAUGGUGCUUUAUAUUUAGAUUGGAAAGAAUUUCAUAUGCAAAGCAUAUUAAAGAGAAAGCCCGCUUGAGUCAAUACUUUUUUGUAAAUGGCAAUGCAGAAUAUUUUGUUAUUGGCCUUUUCUAUUCCUGUAAUGAAAGCUGUUUGUCGUAACUUGAAAUUUUAUCUUUUACUAUGGGAGUCACUAUUUAUUAUUGCUUAUGUGCUCUGUUCAAAACAGAGGCACUUAAUUUGAUCUUUUAUUUUUCUUUGGGUUUUUUUUUGGGGGGGAACUUCUUUUUAGAUUUUUUAAAAUUUUUUUUUUAAUUAUUAUUUGGAUGACCAAAGGUCAUUACAACCUGGCUUUUUAUUGUAUUUGUUUCUGGUCUUUGUUAAGUUCUAUUGGAAAAACCACUGUCUGUGUUUUUUUGGCAGUUGUCUGCAUUAUCCUGUUCAUACACCCAUUUUGUCCCUUUAUUGAAAAAAUAAAAAAAAAACCUUAAAGUA